UAGCCUCCCGCAGAGACGCUUGUUGUGGGGUAUUCCCCUGGUGGUAUUCCUCUUGAAGGUGCCUUCUUUGCUUCACGCGGGCAUCGUAGUCCUGAAGGAAUCGUGCUGAGUGUCAUUCAUUCCUGAAAUACAUUGCGGAUUUUACCAAAUCUGGCUGCAGCCAUGGCGUCAGUGGAAAGGAUCAAAUUGGAUCCGCAGUCGGCAGAAUACAAAGGCAUAGCCCAGAAAUUCAACUCGAAAUACAUCGUGAAAUUCAAGAAGUGCACGAUACUGUCCAUUGAGAAGGUCAAGAACGAAGCGCUAGAUCAGCGUUUCCAAAGCAAGAGACAAUGGUACGAGGAUAAACACGGACAUGUCAAGAUUGUCAAAGGGUGGCAUGGCACCGUGAAGGAAAACGUCGCCUCCAUUUUAAAGAACAACUUUGAUGAGUCCAAGAACUUCGGCCGAUGUUUUGGCCCGGGAGUGUCGUUCUCGAGCUUGCCUUCGUACGCCUACCACUUCUGCGACAAGAAGACCCCUGAAGCGUGCAUGCUGCUGGCGGACGUCCUCGUGUCCAACGUCCUCGAGCUGCCCGCGAGCGAGAAAUACGGUAUUUUGCGCGUACCGCCUUGCGUGCCUGGCACCAACUUUUGGUACGACACCGUUGCGAAGGACAAGGACCGCAUGGACGUGUUCGUCAAGCAAGACAAGGACGCCUUCCUGCCCACUCACGUGGUGCACUUCAAGCGCGCUGAUGCCCCGCCCCAGGCGCAGCCCGCUCCGGCAGCAAACUCGGACUUACAUGAGCUGAUGGAGUCAUUAAGCCUGUAUCAUGAUAACUUUGACCUCAUUGAUCAUUUGUGGAGUUAUGACAACGAGGAUCAUUGUGAGGGAGAUGAAACUGACCAGUUUUUGCAUAAGUAUGACUCUAAUCAGGUGGUGCGUCUGGAUGAUGGCUCCAAUCACGUGGAUUACGAUUACGAUUCCGAUUCCGAUUACGAUUAUUACGACUACGAGCUCUGACCGAAUGUGGCGCUUUUGAGGGAGUGCUUUUGUCACGUGGCCUGCCAGUACUGGGCCUGAAAUCCUGACCAUGGUGGGGAAGUGCUGGAUUGUUUGUUUUUCAUUAUUGUGUCAUGGCGUUACCCUCCCCAGUCUUUUUGUAUUUUCUUCAAGCUUUUUUGUGAGGAGUCAUUCUUUUUCAAUCUUAUCUUUUAUUUCCUAGCACUUGUAGUGUGUCCCUGAAUAAAGUUGUAUUUCCCUCCCUU